CUCCGCGGAACACGCGAGCCGUCAGCGCGGAGCCGGAGCCCCUCGCGUCCUGUCGCCAGGCCAACGCCAGAACGCCGGCAUGGCUCCCGCAGCGGCGCCGGGGGGCAGCCCCCUGCCCAGGGGCUUCUCGGUCUUCACCACCUUCCCCGACUUGCUUUUCAUCUUCGAGUUCGUCUUCGGGGGUCUGGUGUGGAUCCUCAUUGCCUCCUCCCUGGUGCCCAUCGCCUUGGUCCAGGGCUGGGUGAUGUUCGUGUCUGUGUUCUGCUUCUUGGCCACCACUAUCCUGAUCAUCCUGUAUGUAAUUGGCGCCCACGACGGGAAGACUUCCUGGGUCACUCUGGAUGCGGCGUACCACUGCACAGCUGCCCUGUUUUACCUCAGCGCCUCGGUCCUGGAGGCCCUGGCCACCAUCUUCAUGCGCAACGGCUACACCUACAAACAGUAUCGUGAGAACGUCUCCGCCGUGGUGUUUUCCUACGUAGUUACUCUGCUCUACGUGGUCCACGCGGUGUUUUCUUUAAUCAGAUGGAAGUCUUCAUAAAGCAGCAGCAUUCGAGCUGAAAAUCCAGACGGUGUUAACGGAUCGGCCCACCUUCCAGGAUGACUUUAUAGAAUGCAGAAAUGCUCUCGAUGGUGGAAAAAAGAAAACAAACCAAAAAAAAAGCAGUGCUCUGUUUCUUACGGGUGUGAAGCUUACUCUGCCAUGUACCUUCACGUCAGGGGUAGGGGGGCUUGCUAUGUUUAACCUCCAGCUGUCUUUUUAGGGUCACUUCCUGUUUGUGAAAGGGGACAGUGGGGGUGGGAAGGUGGGGACUGUGAGCUGAGAAGGAAACAAAUGUCCCCUGCUGAUCCCUGGACCGGAUCUUGAGAACUGCCUAUUGGAAUUUUCCACAGGCUCUGUUGAGUGCCCCAUCUUGUGGCGCGUUUCUGAGUGUUCAUGGAUAUUCUGCCUAUCACGGGGACUCAAACUCACCCUACAGAUAUUUCCAGAUAUCCACAGUGAAAGAUAAUAACCCUUUGAAAUACUUUAUAAAGUGCCUUUGUGUUCAGUA